UUUCAGGUUUUUUUUUCAGGAAAAAAACCUGGGCUGGCGGCAGAAAAUUUUUAAACCUGGUGUCAGUCAGCUCUGUUUCGAAGUCUUUACUUCGGCUGGCUACCAUGAAUGAAAAUCAAGAAAAUCAACAGACCGACAUUUCAUCACUGUAUUCCAGCACCUUUGCCCAGGUUAUCUUUGUCAAUGUAGAAAAGGUGUACAUGACAGAUGUUCCUGUGAAAUGCAACUACACACUGACACCCAGGAUCAUUGCCCAUAAGAAAGACUGGAUUGGAAUUUUCAAGGUUGGGUGGAGUACAGCUCGUGAUUACCACACUUUUGUUUGGGCUCCCCUCCCAAAGGAAGACAAUCAGGUGGAGCGGCAGCAGCAAGUGACAUUUGAAGCUUACUACCUUCCGAAGGACUAUAAUGACUUUUACCAGUUUUGCUAUGUUACUCAGAAGGGGGAAAUUCGUGGAGCCAGUACACCUUUUGGAUUCAAACAGGCUCAUUCUAACUUGUCUGACCACCUGGACAAUGAUUUCAGUCAGGAAAUGCUCAUCAUCACUACCCAAGACAAACUUGAAGAAACAGAAAGAGAGAAAGACGAUUUGAAGGCCAGCAAUGUGAAACUAGUGGAGGAAAACACAGCCCUGAAAGAAAAGAUCAAAGAGUUUGAAACACAGGCACAACAAGACAAGGAAGAAUAUUUUAGAGCAUUGGAGAUAAAUAAGAAGCACAUGGUGGCAUUAGAGAAACAAAUGUUGGAACAGAAGAUGGAAAAUGAGGUAGAAUUAAAGGCACAGAGUGAAAAGACUGAGCAACUUAGAAGGGAAUUAGCUGAGAGAGACACAAUGUUCUUAAAAGUACAAAAGGAAAAUCAGGACUUGCAGGCAAAGUUGGAGUCGGCACAAGUCUCUGUUGAGCAGUUAAAACAGAACAAUGACAAAGCUGCAGAUAAAACAAAACAUAUCCAGCAAGAAGCCAUGACAUUGAGAAUGGAGAUCAGCACAAAGGAGACUGAGCUAACAAACCUGGCAGAAACCAAGAAUCAGAUUGCCAAAGAGUUGGAAGUUUCACUGGACAACAUCAAACACCUUCGGUCUGAACUCGAUUACCAGAAAAAAGAAAACGGGAAGUUAGCAGAGGGUCUGAAGAAGAUGUCUGGAAUGGAGAUAGAACUGCAGAAGCAAACAGCCAAGGUUCUGCACUUGCAACAAGCCUUAUCCGACUGUGAGAAACUGAAGGCAGCCAGUCUAACUACUGAAAGACAGCUGCAAGAGCAAGUAGUGAAUCUCCAACAACGUCUGACGGCCAUGGAAGAGCAGUUGCAGCAGGCUAAAGAACAGCAGGUUCAAACUGUUGUGGAGCUGAGAGCAGCUAAGACUGACUACGAGAAGAGUAACACCGAUCUCCGAGAUGCGCAUGAAGAAAUUCAGCACUGGAAAAGCAAAUUUGAAAAGUUGGACCAAAUUGUUUCUAAGAAUGAGAUUAGGUUUAAAGAAAUCGAGCAUGAACUUGAUAAUAAGACCCAUCUUGUGGACCUUCGCACCAUGGAAGUGGCUGAUUUACAAGAAGAGGUCAAGAAGUUGAAUAGGAAGAUUGACAAUUUGAGGGUGGAUUCAAACCACCGAAAUGGAACGUUUCAGCUGGAGCAUCCUAACCCCUACAGCUUGACUGUUCCAAAAGUCCAUUCUGGACAUUCUGGACUCCUGUUUGGCAACCCAUACUCCGAAUGUGAUGCCAAUGAUUCACAGACUGGUGGAAGCCUUGACGCUGUACAAAACCUGGAUGGCACGGAGGACACUCCAAUCAGGGAGGACUCUCUUCCUGCUGACUGCCAAAAGUGUCCAGUAUGUGAAGUCCUAUUCCCGCUCCACAUGGAGGAUUUUGACUUCGAGCAACACGUUCAGAAACAUUUUUUGUUCAGUUGCCCUGUUUGCCAAAAACAUUUUGCAGAGAACCAACAACAGGCUUUUGAAACUCAUGUUCAGUCCCACUUUUUGGAGUUUUGAGGGGCAAGUAACAAAACCAAGUUCUGCUUUAUAAAGGUAGUACCACUUUUCAGUCUGAAUUUUAUUUUAUAAUUUUGGCUCUUAUCUUAUUUUAUUAAUUAAAAUCUUAUUACUGUUCACUCAAAUAUGACACAGUUGAAGGGAUGAACAGGGAGCUUGUUGCCUCAUCCUAUCGAUAAUACUCUUGCAUGAGCCCUGCAGAGUGACUUGAGAAUAGCGUGUGUGAUUUUCCUCAUGAGUGAGUGCCUGAGUAUGUGUGACUUACUGAUUGCAUUGGGAUUCAGUCCAAAGAUGGACUGGUAUCCAACAGUGACCUUUUGAAAGGCUUUUUCACUUGAGCUAGUUGCAGAUCUUAGAACACAAUUAUUCUUUAGGUCCAGUUGCAAAAAUUACAUAUAUAUGGCUAGAUGCAAAUUUUGUUUUUAAAACGAUAAGUACUGGGUGUUUUUGAACCAAAGUCUCAAACGAGCAACCAUAUACAAAUCUGCAAAGUCUCUGAUCUAACAACCAUCAAACUUGACACUAAUUAGUACGUUGUGGAAAAAUCCUGUCCUAAACCAUACUAUCUCACAACUUGCUUUCCAUAUGCAUUUCAUACGUAAAUAAAUCUCUAGAGUUAUGCUUCAAAGUUUUAGCUACACAAUUCACCUCAAAUGUUGCCUGUCUGCAAGCCGAAUAUCACACAGAAUUCUCUCUUAUUAGCAGAACAUGAUAUAGUAUUUGCAUUGCAAUACCCUCCUCAGUAAGUAAUCUGGUAUCCAAAUACGGUUUAAAAACACGAGGAGGUCUGUUGAUAUCUCGAUAAUUUUUGACAUUUCCAUCCUUGUUUGGAUGGAUUGUAUUUCCAGGAAAUAAAAUAGUUCUGAAUUUCAUGUGAUUUAAAUUGGAAUUGUGCAUUGUCGGAAAUAAUUAUAUAGUUGGUUAACUUGAGAUUUAUGGAGUUGCUACAAAGAGGCCUUUCUUCCUGGUGUUUUAUUUAAAAGUGUUAUGGAAUUUCCAUCAUACUUGUAGAAUAUCAAAUGUAGCGUACAUUCUAUACAAGUUUAUUCCUAAUGAUUGUGAGAAUGAUGGAUACUUGGUUUGACUGUUGGAAUUAAAAUGUGCCUGUUACAAAUUUAAUUUUAGUGUACAACACAUAUGUUGUAUUUUCAAUUAUUGAAAGAUGGAAUUGUAUUGCU